GCGGCGCCGUAAAUCAGAAUCGGGCUGCGUGAGGAGGUGGGGUCGUAUCUGAAGCCUUUUCCUAAAACAAGUUGUCGCAGUUCCUGAGGCCUGGUCUUUGUGAAUCCGUCAGCGGACCCGUUCUCUGCUUCUUCGCCUCAUCUGCGUCCGUGGGUGCUGACCAUGCUGUACCUGAUUGGCCUGGGCCUGGGGGAUGCCGCGGACAUCACCGUGAAAGGGCUGGAGAUUGUCAAGAAAUGUAGCCGAGUGUACCUGGAGUCGUACACCUCCAUCUUGACGGUGGAAAAGGAAAGGCUGGAGCAGUUUUAUGGAAGACCAUUGAUUACUGCUGACAGACAGGCAGUGGAACAAGAAAUAGAACAAAUUAUAAAAGAUGCUGAUGUCAAUGAUAUUGCCUUCCUUGUUGUUGGUGAUCCAUUUGGUGCCACAACACAUAGUGAUCUUGUUCUAAGAGCAGUAAAGAUGGGGAUCCCAUAUCGAAUUGUUCAUAAUGCUUCCAUCUUGAGUGCUGUUGGCUGCUGUGGUUUGCAGUUAUAUAAUUUUGGAGAAGUGGCUUCCAUUGUUUUUUGGACAAGGACUUGGAAACCAGAAAGCUUCUUUGACAGAGUGAAGACAAACAGACAAAAUGGCUUGCACACGCUAUGCUUACUGGACCUCCAAAUAAGGGAACGAUCAUUGGAAAAUCUAAUAAGGGGAAGAAAGAUCUAUGAACCUCCACGAUUCAUGACUGUGAACCAAGCAGCCCAGCAGCUUCUGGAGAUUGUUCAAAACCAGAGAGCUCGCGGAGAGGAACCAGCUAUCACCGAGGAGACCAUCUGCGUGGGCCUGGCCAGGGUGGGAUCUGAGGAGCAGAAAAUUGCUGCUGGCACCUUACAGCAAAUGUGUACUGUGGACCUGGGAGGGCCCUUGCAUUCAUUAAUUAUAACAGGAAAUUUGCAUCCGCUGGAGGCAGAAAUGCUAAAACUGUUUCCUAUGCCAGAAGAUGACUCUGAAACCCCGAGUGUUGAUAGCUCCUGCCCCUAAUAGCCUCUGUUGCUUCUUUCCUUUAUUCAGUGUCAGAUGUAUAUAGAAAGAUGUGCACCUUCAAAAGACAAAACAAAUGGAUAACCAUUUGGAUCCAUCUCAUGAAUAAAAAGUGAAGAUAAAUUCAUCUAACAAAACUUAGUUUCAUUAGAGGCCACAUCAUUCCUUCUGAGGUUAAUAUCAAUUGGUGUCACCUUGACCACUGCGUAAGAUAACUUGGCUUGCAGGAGGGUACAGACAAAGCAGGAAAGUAAUAGAGAUAGGCAGAGUGGUUUUAUAACUUUUCCUUCACUUAAGAAAUUGGGUUAAAAAUUGCUUUGACUGCAAUUAUAGGGUAAAACACAAGAGGGACAGCUGGAAUAUGAAUCAUUCUGACAAAUUCUCGCUCUCAUUUUUGGAGGCAAGAAAUGACAGCUGUUAGAAGAAAGCUAAGUAAAUGAUUGCUAGCAUUUCACUCACUGUAAUUGCUUGUCUUUUUAUGCAAGUAUAGGAUGAAUUUUUCUGCCUUGAAUUAAAGAUAAUGCUCUGAGAAAGAUUUAGAGAGAAAAAAUCACCAUCUGAGUCCCACUCACCUAUAAGUACAAGAGCACAUACCAUGUCAAGUGACACCCAUCUGAAUUGGCCUGUCUCAUUUAAACUGACACCCUAAUUAUGUGGCUUGCUACAAUACGUGGGUUAUGUGUUACAUUGGAAAUGUUUUAUCAGCCAUAUAGAGUUGCCAUUGGAUUUUAAAUGGAUACCAUAUUUCUCAUUUAUGCUGACAAAAGACUGACUACGGAAAAAGAAGGAACUUAAGACACAACCGUAGUCUGUUUAAAGAGUCAUCAUUCAGUGGAACUCAUUAAAUCUUAUCAUUUAUGUACAAGUUUGUUGUGUUUUGACAGUAGUAUUUAUUAUGAACCUCAGCUUCCAUGCUCUUGUGUAAUUUCAAUCAUUAAAUGUGAUGUGUAGUAACUUAUGGGUAAAUGCAAAUUCAGCUAGAUAGAUGUUUCUUCUCAUAGGUCUGAGCAAAUCAUCCAAUCUCUGUUGCUGGGCAUGUGGUUUGCUUAGUUUUCUUUAGAGAUAUAACUUAUUAAAAAUGUAUUCUGUAUAUGUUUAAGAUGACAUAAUUCUUGUGAUAGUCAUUUCUCAAUGUAUUGUGAACUGUGAAUUGGGGGAGGGAAGGGGAACUGGUCAGUACUAAUUGUAUACUGUUAACUGUUAUGAAACCAGAAACUUUUUAACUGUAAAAUACAAAGCUCAAGGAAAUAA